AUGGUGUUGGGGAGCUUUGCCGCACGGCCCCGCUGGGAAGGGCAGCUGGAUGAGCAGGGGAAACUGGAGCAGUGGGAAGCUGACCACGAGUUCUCCCUCACCUGGACCACCAACACCACGGUCAUUUUGCUGCGCUUUGAGAAGUACUUCCACUCUUCAGAGAAGACCGAUCUCAUCCUCCUGGCGCUGCAGGGCAUGAGGGACUGCAGCAACUACAACACCCAGGUGGCUUCCACCUUGAUGGCCGUCCUGACGGUUGACUUCAACCCUAUGCCCAAUGAUGUGCAGCGCAUCGUGACGGCCAUCCACAGGAGCAGGAAGCUGAUCACAGAGGAGCAGGCACUGAGGACCAUCCACGGCACCUUCCCCUCACUGGCUGCCGCCAACCCUCGCGCGAUGACACUCAGCCUGCUGCGCUGCUCCCCCACCUGUGACAAGGACAUAUGGGAGCUGUGGGAGUUGGCGCUGUCCUCGGUGGAUGUGGUGCCAAAGAUGGUGCAGGCGCUGCUGCGUCAGCUGGAGACCGUGCCGCUGGGCCAGAAGACCGAGGUCGGCGUCCUUCACCUGGCCGCGGCCACAGCACUGCAUAAGCUCCUGCAGUACCUGGAGUACGGCCCACAGGUGCGACUGGUUUUCCCGGAGCUCUUUGUGGCGCUCAUCAUCCAGCUGGUGUCCGCCGGGCCGCUAGCUCCGCUGGAGAUCAUCGCCAUCACGGAGGACCCAUUCCGCCCAUCUGCGCCCACCUCUGCCAUCAGGAUGGUGGUGGAGACGGCCCGCAGUUUGCUGCUCUGCGCUGAUAUGGACAACCUGGCAUUCUCCAUGGAGACCCACGACCUGUGGGCGCGGUUGCUGGGCGCUUCCACGUGGCAAAACGGCCUGCACUCCCUUGCCAAGUACGGCCCCAACCCCUUCCAUGCUCUGCCCCAUGCUGCCCCACACACUGCCCUACACGGUGCCCCAAGUGCAGCGCUCCUGAAAUAAGUAGGGAACAAGAUGGGGAGUGCUCAGGAGGUGCUGAGGCACGGUGGGCAGAUGGAAGAGCACACUGUGGGGCAGCAUGGGCUGUUCCGGUCCCUCUAC